AUUCAUGCAAGAUGGCAACGUCGUGGUCGCCGUUUUGAGGAAGAAGCGGGAUUUCUCAGCGAGUGUUUUGAGGAAUUUGCUCCAGUAGUUAUUCACAUCACAGUAAUCGUAUAAAUAGAUCAAGUCGACUUUAUUACCGAUCUUGUGAUUUUUGGUGAUCUCUAGUGAACGUAAUCAGUCUUUGUGUCAUUAUACAAAUCGCGGCACCAUGUCGGAUGAGAAAAAGGAAACGAAAGUGGAGUCGGAGCACAUAAACUUGAAGGUUUUGGGUCAGGACAAUGCAGUAGUUCAGUUCAAAAUUAAAAAACAUACACCUCUUCGUAAAUUGAUGAACGCAUACUGCGAUCGCGUGGGUUUGGCGAUAGCAGCGGUAAGAUUUAGAUUUGAUGGACAGCCCAUAAAUGAAUCCGACACACCUACAUCAUUGGAAAUGGAGGAAGGGGAUACGAUAGAGGUAUAUCAACAGCAAACAGGUGGUUUGUGUUGAGACUCAAAGCAUCGUGUUUAAAAAUGGACUAAAUGAAAAUUAUCCUUCCUGCAGUGUUUAUUUUUGUCAGAAAACUUGAUUUAUUUUUUGUUUAUUUCUACUUUACUCUGCAAGACUGAAGACUUCAUUUUUAACAUGGAGGACCUUCUUUGCAUCCUCUUAUCUUAAUUUAACUCUAUUAUUAUACUUGUUGAUGUCCGCAUCGAAUAUUAUUGUUUACUAUUUAAAUAUAUAUUUUUUUGUAUUGAAAGGCGCAUGUUGUACUACUUGAUUGAAGUCUUCGAUCAUCAGAGUCGUUUAUUAUAAGUUUCUGUUAGUACGACACAUUCAAAUCUGCUAUUGUUUACAGUUUGUUCUGAAAAUGCGAGCUUAUGUUAAUGUUAUGAGAUAAAUAAUACAUAUGAUGUAAAGAAUGACUAUUGUCAUAGCAAAAUCUUCUAAAAAUCUCGGGAUUCCUUGUGUAGUAAUUUUCAACUUUGUAAUAAUUCAAAUUUAUGUAAUAAAUUUUCAGUUUUAGAUAUCUUCUUCCUAUAUUUGUAAAAAGUGUAUAGAAGAAUGGUAUAGAUUAAUACGUACACUUUCAUUGAUACAUGAGUAAAACUCGAUCUGCGAAAUUUCAUCUGCGCCUGAUAAAAGAAUUGAAUUUUGUAUCUGCAUUGUCGUUAUUCAUAAUUUCUGCGCAACUGAUAUUACUUUGUACAUGGCCGAAAAAAUAAACUAUGUUAUCUUUUCUAAAAGAAAUCUUCUUAACAAGACUGGCUCUACAUGCCUCAUUUCUGACAAGGACUCGCUGCAUUAUAUUUAGCAAAAAAAAA